AUGUUACUCGCCUUGAAGAAUCUCUUCAGGUACUUGCGCCUCAAAGCGCUCGUCAGCUUUGCCCGUCUUAAUGUGUGGUGGGGUGGCCUGCCAAAGCCAACACCAGAUUCCAUCCUCCAGAUCCCGUCUCGAACCGGCCGCAACAUCAAAGCCCACGUCUACAAGUCCACCUCAUCCACCCCCGGCAUUCCCACCCCGCUACUCAUAAACUUUCACGGCAGCGGCUUUGUAUUCCCUCUCCACGGCUCCGACGACUUCUUCUGCCGCAAAGUCUGCUCCGAAACUCCUUACUCGGUCUUGGAUAUCCAGUAUAGUCUUGCGCCAGAGUAUCCUUGGCCAGCCUGCCACAACGACGCCGAGGAUGUUGCGAACUGGGUGUUUGGACAACCGGACACGUACUCCACUUCUCAAAUCGCCAUUUCUGGAUUCAGUGCUGGUGCGAACAUGGCUUGUGUUGCUGCUGCUUGCACAUUCCCCAAGCACACUUUCAAUGCUCUGUUGGCCUUUUACCCGCCUACCGAUCUCUCUAUGGCACCGGAGGAAAAGACACCCCCUGAAGAUGAUGGCAGAUCGAAUGAAAUGACUGUAAAGAUGGCUCGCUUGUUUGACGCCUCAUACCUGCGUCUGGAUCCCGACAAGGCGGACCCUCGUGUAUCCCCUGCUCUUGGACCUGUGGACAAGUAUCCCGAGAACUCCUUGUUCAUCACUUGUGGAAGGGACAGUCUAUGUCUGGAGACCGAACGCCUGGCCAAGCGCGUUGAAGAAAAGCAUGGGGGAGGUGUGGUGCUCAGACGGAUGGACAGAUGCGGACAUGCGUGGGACAAGAGAGUGCAACCAGGCUCGCACCAGGAGCGCAGGCGUGACGAGGCUUACAACCUAGCCAUUGAGAUGUUGAUGAGGACGAAGCAGCAAUAG